AUGCUGCAUGAGAGCUUUUCGAAAUGGUUCUCAAGAUAUAAGGAGGUCUUCUCUGAGGAUGCCAAGCAGCUCACUGAAGUUAACAAGGUGAGGCUACUUUGUGAGAAACUGGAUUCCUUAACGUUCGAGAAGUAUCAGAGGCACUGCCUCAAGCUAGAGAAGAGCGAUGCUGAAGAUUACCUCACGUAUACCGGUCGCGUGAAUGAAUUCUGUGAGAAGGUAAAGAUUCACGAACUUGACUCAGAUGGAAUACAAAGAUGA